AUGACCACCUCACUCCAAGCCAUGACCACCACAGCCUCUACCUCAACAACACCCUCCUCAGCCGACUCCCCAAAGAACAGGCAAACCGAACGAUGUCUCAAGUGUUUGCUCGACCAGCCAUCAAACCCGACCACUUGGAUCCACUGCUCACUAUGUUCCUCUGCCUGGCAUUGGUCUUGUGUGACCAUCAACCAACUCGAUCCGAUCGAUAUCAUCGAAAAGUGGUUUUGUGGAAGUUGUACAAAGAAGGAUCCUAAUCUCCAGCCGAUCUACAAGGAGCCACCCCGGAAGUCCAGCCGAGCGAAAGCGAAGAGGAUCAACUAUGCAGAUUUGUCCAACGACCCAUUAACGGACCCGGACCGGUUUGUCAAGCUAGCGAAUUCCAAGACGAACGUGAUCGAUGGAUUCGAUGUCCCGAGUACGGGACCACACAAACCAUUCCGGAAGAUGAAGCCGGCUGAGCUCAGUCUGGAGUGGCUGGUCAACGACCCCCAGGCGAUGACCGAGCCGAUUGUAAUAGAUGAUCGGGAUGGUCUUGUGGCGCAGGGGAUGCGGAUGCCGUCGUCGGAGCUGACGAUCACCCAGAUCGCCGAGCUCGUCGGCCCGGAGACGCCGGUGGAGGUGAUCGAUGUCGCCAGCCAGGCCGAGCUCUCCCGCUGGACGCUCGGCCAAUGGGCCCUCUACUAUGAUGACCCACGACGCGAACGCGUCAGGAACGUCAUCAGCCUCGAGGUCUCCGAUUCCCCCCUCGGCGGCGCCGUCGAGCUGCCCAAAAUCGUCAACGAUCUCGACUGGGUUAGCACCAUCUGGCCAAGCCAUCUACGCAAACUGGGUAGUGGUACAUACCCCAAAGUGCAAAAGUAUUGUUUGAUGAGCGUCGCUCGCUGUUGGACGGAUUGGCACAUAGAUUUUGCUGGUUCAUCAGUCUUUUACCACAUUCUGCGAGGAGCGAAGACCUUCUACUUUAUUAGGCCCACGGUAGCGAAUCUAGCUAAAUAUGAAAGAUGGUCAGGGAGUUCCAAGUUGCAAGAGUCAACCUGGCUGGGAGACCAGGUGAAUGUGGUGUACAAAGUUUCAUUGACGGCCGGCCAGACGAUGAUGAUCCCGACCGGCUGGAUCCAUGCCGUGCAUACCCCGGUUGAUUCCUUAGUCUUUGGAGGGAACUUCUUGCACAGUUUGAAUAUCCCCCUCCAGCUGAGGAUCCAUCAGAUCGAGAACAAUACCAAGGUGCCCAAGAAGUUCAGGUUCCCAUUCUUCCUACCGAUGCUCUGGUUCGCGGCCUCUCACUAUCUCCGAAAGCUCGAGAGCGGCGAUAAUAAUACCCAGAAGCCGUCCGAUGACGCCCCAGACUCCCAUUCGACCGUCAGGCCAGCCAACCUGGACUCCUUACCGACGAUACCCCCACGGAUCCUCGCGGGUCUUUCGACCCUGGCCGAAUUUCUGCCCUCCCAAACCGAAAUGUCGGGCGCCCAUCCCGCACUCUCUUCCUCCGAACUGCUCGUGGUUUUGGAAGGCCAUUUAGACACCACUCGGAUGCCCAAUCUGGGCCAGACGGCCGCCAACUUCCAGCACCUCUUGCGUCUCCACGCGUCCUCCACGGCCCUCUCUCCGACCAAAACCGAAGAUAAUCCCUCUCAAACAUCGGCGGACAGCUCGACGGUCUGCAAAGAGAACGACGGCGCGGGCGGGGCAAAGAAGCCGGCCAAGAGUCCGCUCCAAAUCACGCUGAAGCGGAAGAGCAGCAAUCCUCCGGCAGCCGAGACGGGCGAGGAGGGCGCAGGAACGCCGGCGUCGAAGCCGCUGACACUGAAGCUCAAGAGCAAGCCGAGCGUCUCGCCCGUCGGGGGCCGGACGAAAGAGCCGGCGAAGAAGCCGGCCAAGAAGGCCAAGAAAGCCAAGACCCAAGACGUUCCCGAUUCCACCACCUCCUCUACCGGUGGGACCGCGGAGGCCAGGAAGAAAGAGGCCGGCGAGAUCCUCAGGAUCGAUAAUCCGCCCCCCUCCACCCUCAUCCAUCGCGAGAAACGGCCCCGCCCACCAGGCCCCGCUCAUCCGUACCCUGACCCCGUCGAGCCGAUCGAUCUCGAAGAGGUCGAGGUCCGGACCACUCGCGCUGAGAACUCCGUCCUCAGACGGUCUAUUGACCCUGCCUCGGGCAUGGUUGUCUUCGAAACCAGAACGGUAAAAACUAUCAUCGAAAAAGCCUUCUUUCCGCCCGUCUAA